AUGCUGAGCAAAGGGCCGGCAUCUAGUUUCGAGCAUAUCGCAGAGGAAGAUAGAUUUAGACAUGAUUGCAUGGAUUUGUUUUUUUCUGGAAACAUCAGUGGAGCCAGAGCCAGUCGACUCUGCGAAAAUGCUGGGCUCGCAGGCGCCAAGGGGGUCAAAGAUCUGGCGCAGGCUAAGCAGGGAAGCAACACUGCCAGGAACUUGCUUCGGCGCAAUCUUCGCCGAACACCGUGGCCGCCGCCAUAUGAGUGCCAAGUCCGGGGCAAGAAUCCAAGGACUGGCAAGGAGGACCUCUACACCCUGGCCUUCAUGCUUCCGCACGAAGUGCUACACGUUCUCCUGGAGUCUAACGAUGUUUCGGAAAUCAGAAAUCAACAAGCUCGGAUUCCCAACUUGCAAGAGCAACUUCAAGAGCACGGCAAUGAUGUCCUGCUGUUGGGGCUGUGGCUAGACGGUGUACCGUUUAGCUCAGACCGUAGCCAGACACUGCAGUGUGCAACCCUCAGCUUGCCAGGGCUUACAGAUGCUGGCGACUUUCGCUUUCCACUGACAGGGUUUCCAAAAUUCUUUCAGAUGCCUGAAGCUACCUGGGAUGAUGUCACGGCUAUCAUUGCUUGGUCGAUGAGAUGCUGUUAUACUGGCUUCUUCCCGUCCUUCCGUCACGACGAGUCUCGUUUCCUUGGCAACGACAGCUGGCGAAAGAGGAGAGCCUCGCAGCCGCUAGGCUGCCGGGCAGUCUUGGCGGAAGUGCGGGCGGAUUGGUCGGCAUACCAGGAAGUGUUGCGACUACCUGGCUGGACUGGCAACGGCCCAAUCUGCUGGUUUUGUCAAGCGACUUUGCAAGAUCUACAUGAUGUUGACGAGAGCAGCUCUUGGAGGACACUUUGCUCCAGGAGGAGCUCGCGCCUGUCGCAUUACCAGUUCCUGGCCAGGCAGAUCUCUGAAGGCAAGAACUUGAGCCCUCUUUUCAGUUGUCCUUGCUUUUCAGUACAGAAGUGCUGCAUUGAUUGGCUUCACUGCAUGGAUUUAGGAUGUGCAGCUGACUACAUGGGUGGGCUUUUUCAUAUGGUCGUGCAGACAAAGCUCCCCGAGCGAAGUGUCCACGAUCGCUGCAAGAACCUUUUUGGCGAUAUUCAAAAUUAUUAUCGCCGAAACCUGUCCCAGUCCCGCAUGAGCACGUUGACUCCGCUCAUGCUGAAAGGCAAAAACAAGAAGUGGCCCAAGUUGCGGGCUAAAGCCGGCGAGGCUCGCGACCUCAUCGGAUUCGCCAAGGAAUGCGCUGAAAGGCACAUGGGCAAUUCAGAUUUCGAGCGAACGGUGAGGCAGACUGCGAAGCAUCUGCACAGUUGCUAUGAGUUCUUGUCCGAAAGGCAUUGGGAUGCCGAGAAGUUUCACAAGACUGUCAAUAAGUUUGCAGCUUUGUUUGUAGAGUUGAGUAAAUUCCCAGGGCAAACAUAUUUUAGGACAAAGCCCAAGAUGCACCUGCUUCUCGAGCUGGGCCGCCAAAAGCGGCGGCCCAGCGAGACGUGGACGUAUCGAGACGAGGGCUUCGGCCAUGUGUUGUCCCUCCACGCAAAACGUCGUGGAGGAAAGUACUCGAUGAAAGGCACUUCCAAGCAAAUGCUUAGCAAGUUUUGUGUCAACAACAGGAGGUUGCCAACACUGGCCUGA